AUGUCAUGCGAACAAAAAGAUGAACAAUUUAAACUUCAUUUUCUCGAUUGUGAUUGUACAUGUUGUGGUAUACGUCAACGUUAUAUUCCUUCGGUGACAUGUAAUAUUGAUCAAUCUCAAUUUAAACAACUUGUUAAAGAUAUAUCAAAACCACGAUAUGGAUUAGAUUGUAAUUGUCUAUGCGGUGAAAAAUUGUCAUCGAAAAAAGUUGAAUCAUGUCCUUGUCCAACGGCUAAUACUACUACAGCACCCAUUCAAGUCAAUUUUAGUGUAGAUACAGGUGUUAAACAGUUACCAAAUGCAUCAAUGUCUAAUCUUAAGUAA